UGCAUGUCAGCUCCUGACAGCUGCUGCUGGGCCCGUGGCUGGGCCCUGUGCACGGCUGGUGUGCACCCCCGCGUGGGGCUCGGGGUCCCGGUCCUCUGCUCUUGACCUCUCGAAGGGAGCCCAGACCCCCCGAGGGGGUCGACGGCUGUGACCUGAGUCGGCUCUCAAGUUCUUUGUCACGGACUUCUCCCUUGGCGGAUCUUUUUACACCUCCCGCCGAGAGGUGCCGGCGCUCUUUAGGGGAGAGGGACUAAGGGUCAAAAGGUAAAAGAGAAAAUUAGCUCCCCGGCUCAGUGUGAGCAGAACAGAAAGGUAGCAUUCCAGGUAGCGUGGGGCGGCAAGGUUUGAGGGCAUUGUCUCCUCGGAAGGCAUAGGUAGAUGUUGUCUUCCUGCUUGUUAGCAGGACAGGUACGCGGGCUGCGCUCCUUGCUUGGAGAGGAGACCCCACAAUGACAACCACGUCUGGUUUCGGGGGAAGCAAAACGUGCAGGCUGAGUUUUGAAGCCAGCUUGCCCUGCCUCGCCGCUUGGCUCUCUUAAGGCACCGAGAUGGGUGGAAGCCUGGUGUUUUUUUUUGUUUUUGUUUGUUUGUUUUUUUAUCGUGUUCCCCCAAGAAAUAACAUUGUUGUGUCACAAAGAGCCUCAAAGGGGCACUUGUUGUCUUGCCUUGAACUCCCUAAAUGUACAGCAUUUUACUGUUGGUUGGGACAAUUCAGGAGCGGCCAGAGCCCUCCCUGUACAGACAGACGCGUGGGGGAGGCAGGCGCACUUUUGUCUGUCCCAGGGGCUUCCAAGAGCUCACGGGACGCAAUGGGAGGUGGCAGAGAACCUGUCUGGAGCCUGUUCCUCUCCCUCUCCCUCCCCCCCCAGUACAUACAAGCAGAGCCACCGACCAACAAGUCCCUGUCUAGCCUGGUUGUACAGCUGCUCCAGUUCCAAGAAGAGGUUUUUGGAAAACAUGUCAGCAACGCACCCCUCACUAAACUGCCGAUCAAAUGUUUCCUAGAUUUCAAAGCAGGAGGAUCCCUGUGCCACAUUCUUGCAGCUGCCUACAAAUUCAAGAGUGACCAGGGAUGGCGGCGUUACGAUUUCCAGAAUCCGUCACGCAUGGACCGCAAUGUGGAAAUGUUCAUGACCAUUGAGAAGUCCUUGGUGCAGAAUAAUUGCCUGUCCCGACCCAACAUUUUCCUGUGCCCAGAGAUUGAGCCCAAACUGCUAGGGAAGUUAAAGGACAUUGUUAAGAGACAUCAGGGAACCGUCACCGAGGAUAAGAGCAACGCCUCCCAUGUUGUGUACCCUGUCCCAGGGAACCUGGAAGAAGAGGAAUGGGUGCGGCCAGUCAUGAAGAGGGACAAACAAGUUCUUCUGCACUGGGGCUACUACCCUGACAGUUACGACACGUGGAUUCCAGCUAGCGAGAUUGAAGCGUCAGUGGAAGAUGCUCCAACUCCUGAGAAACCUAGGAAGGUUCAUGCCAAGUGGAUCCUCGACACCGACACGUUCAAUGAGUGGAUGAAUGAGGAAGACUACGAAGUCAACGACGACAAAAGCCCUGCUUCCCGGCGGAAGAAGAUUUCAGCUAAGACCUUGACAGAUGAGGUAAACAGCCCGGAUUCAGACAGACGGGACAAGAAGGGGGGAAACUAUAAGAAGAGGAAGCGAUCUCCCUCUCCGUCGCCAACCCCAGAAGCUAAGAAGAAGAAUGCUAAGAAAGGACCAUCAACACCUUACACCAAGUCAAAGCGAGGCCACAGAGAAGAAGAACAAGAAGACCUGACGAAAGACAUGGACGAGCCCUCCCCAGUCCCGAACGUAGAAGAGGUGACGCUCCCCAAAACAGUCAACACUAAGAAGGACUCGGAGUCGGCCCCAGUCAAAGGAGGCACCAUGACUGACCUGGAUGAACAGGAGGACGAGAACAUGGAGACCACGGGCAAGGAUGAGGAUGACAGCAGCACGGGCAACAAAGGGGAGCAGACCAAGAACCCAGACCUGCACGAGGACAACGUGACCGAGCAGACCCACCACAUCAUCAUCCCCAGCUACGCCGCCUGGUUUGACUACAACAGUGUCCACGCCAUCGAACGGCGGGCUCUCCCUGAGUUCUUCAAUGGCAAGAACAAGUCCAAGACUCCAGAGAUCUACCUGGCAUAUCGAAACUUCAUGAUUGACACGUACCGACUGAACCCCCAGGAGUAUCUGACAUCCACUGCCUGUCGGCGGAACUUGGCGGGUGAUGUCUGCGCUAUCAUGAGGGUCCAUGCCUUCCUGGAGCAGUGGGGUCUUAUUAACUACCAGGUAGAUGCUGAGAGCCGACCAACCCCAAUGGGGCCUCCACCCACUUCUCACUUCCACGUCUUGGCGGACACACCGUCGGGGCUGGUUCCUCUUCAGCCCAAGACCCCACAGGGCCGCCAGGUUGAUGCUGAUACCAAGGCUGGGCGGAAGGGCAAAGAGCUGGAUGACCUGGUGCCAGAGACGGCUAAGGGCAAGCCAGAGCUGAGCUCUGCUUCCCAGCAAAUGCUCAACUUUCCCGACAAAGGCAAAGAGAAACCAACCGACAUGCAGAACUUCGGACUGCGCACAGACAUGUACACGAAGAAGAACGUUCCCUCCAAGAGCAAAGCCGCGGCCAGCGCCACCCGGGAGUGGACCGAGCAGGAGACGCUGCUGCUCCUGGAGGCUCUGGAAAUGUACAAGGAUGACUGGAACAAAGUGUCUGAACACGUGGGGAGCCGCACACAGGAUGAGUGCAUCUUGCAUUUUCUUCGCCUUCCCAUUGAAGACCCGUACCUGGAGGACUCGGAGGCCUCCCUAGGCCCUCUGGCCUACCAGCCCAUCCCCUUCAGUCAGUCAGGCAACCCUGUCAUGAGCACUGUUGCCUUCCUGGCCUCCGUCGUCGAUCCCCGAGUUGCCUCUGCUGCGGCGAAGUCAGCCCUAGAAGAGUUUUCCAAAAUGAAGGAAGAGGUGCCCACAGCCUUGGUGGAAGCCCACGUGCGGAAAGUGGAAGAAGCCGCCAAGGUCACAGGCAAGGCAGACCCCGCCUUUGGUCUCGAAAGCAGCGGCAUUGCAGGGACCACCUCUGACGAGCCCGAGCGCAUCGAGGAAAGCGGGGCUGACGAGGCGCGGACAGAGGGCCAGGCAGCAGACGAGAAGAAGGAGCCUAAGGAACCACGGGAAGGAGCGGGAGCUGCCGAGGAGGAAGCGAAGGAGGAAGCCAGUGAGGCUCCCAAGAAGGAUGAAGAGAAAGGGAAGGAAGGGGACAGCGAGAAGGAGUCCGAGAAGAGUGACGGGGACCCCAUAGGUGAUCCUGAGAAAGAGAAGGAGCCGAAAGAAGGGCAGGAGGAAGGGCUGAAGGAAGUGGGCGAGUCCGAGGGCGAGAGGAAGACAAAGGUGGAGCGAGACAUCGGUGAGGGCAACCUCUCCACCGCCGCUGCCGCUGCCCUGGCCGCUGCCGCAGUCAAGGCCAAGCAUUUGGCUGCUGUUGAGGAGAGGAAGAUCAAGUCUUUGGUGGCCCUGUUGGUGGAGACCCAGAUGAAGAAACUAGAGAUCAAACUCCGCCAUUUUGAGGAGCUGGAAACGAUAAUGGACCGGGAGCGAGAAGCACUGGAGUACCAGAGGCAGCAGCUCCUGGCCGACCGGCAGGCCUUCCACAUGGAGCAGCUGAAGUACGCGGAGAUGAGGGCCAGGCAGCAGCACUUCCAGCAGAUGCACCAGCAGCAGCAGCAGCAGCAGCAGCAGCCGCCGCCACCGCCCACCCUGCCCCCAGGCUCCCAGCCCAUACCCCCAGCCGGGGCCGCUGGGCCACCCCCAGCCCAUGGUCUAGCUGUGGCUUCAGCAGCGGUGGCCCCUGCCCCUGCUGGCGGAGGGGCCCCUCCGGGAAGCUUGGGCCCUUCUGAACAGAUCGGGCAAGCAGGGUCAACGGCAGGGCCACAGCAGCCACAAGCAGCUGGAGCCCCCCAGCCUGGGGCAGUCCCACCAGGGGUACCCCCCCCUGGACCCCAUGGCCCCUCACCGUUCCCCAACCAACAAACUCCUCCCUCAAUGAUGCCAGGGGCAGUGCCAGGCAGCGGGCACCCAGGCGUGGCGGGUAAUGCUCCUUUGGGUUUGCCUUUUGGCAUGCCGCCUCCUCCUCCUCCUGCUGCUCCAUCCAUCAUCCCAUUUGGUAGUCUAGCUGACUCCAUUAGUAUUAACCUCCCCCCUCCUCCUAACCUGCAUGGGCAUCACCACCACCUCCCGUUUGGCCCGGGCACGACCCCCCCACCUAACCUGCCUGUGUCCAUGGCGAACCCUCUACAUCCUAACCUGCCGGCGACCACCACCAUGCCAUCUUCCUUGCCUCUCGGGCCGGGGCUCGGAUCCGCCGCAGCCCAGAGCCCUGCCAUUGUGGCGGCUGUUCAGGGCAACCUCCUGCCCAGUGCCAGCCCACUGCCAGACCCAGGCACCCCCCUGCCUCCAGACCCCACAGCUCCGAGCCCAGGCACAGUCACCCCUGUGCCACCUCCACAGUGAGGAGCCAGCCAGCCAUCUCUCCCCCUCACUCCCCAUGGAGAUCACAGUUCCAGGAACAGCCCUUCCCCACUGCGGGACCCUCCCUCAGCCUGGAGAGUUCGUCACUACGUAAGGAAAGCUCCUGCCCCUCACCGUCCCCACCAUGACCAGCAGAGGUGUGCAGUUUUAGAUCCAGUUCUUAACCACGGACUUCUGACUAAAAGAUGUUUCUAAUGCCUGGGAGAGAGAAUAGGAUGCAGACGGUGCCUCAGAGGGAGGGGUAGGGAAAGAUGUUUCUAGAGGUUCUACUAACCACUUCCGAGGGUUUUUACCCCCUUCAGACUCACUGCAAUUUUGAUAACAAGUGGAUAACAUGGAAACGGAGCCCUUUAAAAGGGAGGUUUUAAAAAGACACAUUGGAGCCCACAAAAGAUAACUCUGAGGGGGAAGGGCAGGUCUUAGGAGGAGUUCAGGUUUGAGGGUGAGCUGUGGGGGUGGAAUAGGGUACCAAGCCCGCCUCCCUGAGCCCCUUGGUAGUACCGAGUCAGCUCCCCUCACCCGGUCCAGUUUAUUCACGCUAAUCCCUCCUGCCGCUUGGCUUGUCAUUGCCGCUGUUCCAGGCCAGCCCAGCUCAGCCAAUGACCUUCCCCUCUGGAUGUCAGCGUUGUGUUUGUUUUUAAAAGUCACCUGCUUUAGUUGAUGUCAGCCUAUGUGUGUUUGGUGGGGAAGUGUAUCUUGGGGGGAUUCCGUGGUAGGUGUUAGGGGAAGCAAGGGCCACAGUUGGGGCUGUUCUUCCCGCUUCCCUGGUUGUGUCUGUGAGUGCUGGGAAGGCCAGGGAGGACCAGGGAGCUCCAAGAUGGGGAGUUUGCAAACUCUGACGGUUUGAAAAGCACUUAGGACCUACUUUUGACGGCAGGACACCGCUGACUUCUGCCCUUCCCACCAAGCCCGACAGAACCUCACUGGUAGCUAGGGGUUCCCUCCCCACGUGAGGACAAGGCCGGGGUGCAGCGCAGCCUGGCUCUGCCCCCACUGCUCCCCACUCCAGUUCCUCCUCACCCCCCCUGGACGCAGCAGGACUCCAGGCUCCAUACCCGCUUGUCCUCCUGGCCCAGGGAUCUUUCCUCCGCAUCUUGGCACCUUUCUUCUGUUCAGAGUUUUCUGUAAAAGUUUCUUUUCUUUGUUCUUUUCUUUCCUUUCCUUUUUUUUUUUUCUUCUUUUUUUUAUAAAUUAAUUUGCUUUCAGUUCCA